UUUAGUACUUACCUUGUUUCCUAUGUUUCUUGAAUUUUAUUUAGUAAAUUAAUAGUUUCUGCAUAAAGUAAUUAGUGUACUACCGUUAAUGUUGUCCAGUUACAUUAUUUUUAAUUCAUAAUGGGGAAGAAAAAUAAGGAGUCCCUUGGGCGGUCCCUCAUUAAGGACAGAUUUUCCAAAAACCGACACCGAAGGCAUGUCGAGGACAACACAAUGUUACAUACUACAGAGAUCAAUGAUGGUUUCGACUGGGGUAGGCUAAAUCUCCAGUCAGUAACAGCCGAAUCUUCUUUGCAAGAAUUCUUAUCAACAGCAGAACUUGCACAGCGAGAAUUCACUGCUGAGAAAAUGAAUUUAAAGUAUGUGAAGUCGGUGCCUAGUGAAGUGGAAGUUAUGACAUCACAGCCAAAUUUUGAUGAGCCAUUAACUGUACCAAGAAGACCACAAUGGACAUUAGGGAUAACACCUGAAGAACAAUUAAGUAGAGAGAGAGAUUCAUUUCUCGAUUGGCGCAGACAUCUCAAUGAAUUGCAAGCUAAACUUGGUGCAGCUCUUACACCAUAUGAGAGAAAUAUUGAAUUUUGGAAGCAGCUUUGGAGAACUUUAGAGAAGGCAGACAUUGUAUUAAUUCUUUUGGAUGCUAGAAAUCCUCUCUUAUUUAGGUGUGCAGAUUUAGAAAAGUAUGCAGCUGAACAAAAAUGCAAAUGCAUACUGCUCUUGAAUAAAGCAGACUUGACAAGUGAAUAUGUGCGAAAGACCUGGGUGGACUAUUUUAAUAAAGAGAACAUACAUAUAAUUUUCUUUUCUGCUGCUAAAUCCACUAAAGAUAGAAAACUCUCUGAGAAUGAUGAACCUGAUCCAAAAGAUUCAGUUAAUAAUUCUGAUACAGAAUCUGCUGACUCAGAAAUUGAUGAAGAUUCAGAUGUUGAUUUAGAAAAAGAAGCCUUAAAAUCUGCAGAAGAAGAUAUUGUAUUAUUUAAAAAACAAUUGAGUGACUUGGAUGUGGCUGUUUCCAAUACAGCUGACAAAAUAGAUAGGAUUCAAAUUGCAUUAGAUAAAGUUGUAGAGAAUCUAAGAUUAGGAAGGCCACUAGAAACUUCAUAUGAUAAUGAAAUUAUCAAUGUUUCUGAAGGCUUGAGAGAAAAUAAUUCAGAGAAAGAAGACACUAAAAAAGUACAAAAUUCUUUUGAAAUUUAUGAUCGAGAUAAAUUGCUUUAUGUAUUAAAAGAACAGAAGAUAGAGAACCUGAAGAAUCCACCGAGGUUAACAGUAGGAAUGAUUGGUUAUCCGAAUGUAGGGAAAUCAAGUACUGUCAAUGUUCUUAUGCAAACCAAGAAGGUGAGUGUGAGUGCAAUGCCAGGUCACACGCGGCACGUGCAAUCAUUAAUUCUGGAUGAGCAGUUAGAAGUUCUUGAUUGUCCUGGACUAGUGUUGCCAGCUUAUGCCGUGGCCCCCGAUCUAAUGCUGACUGCUGUUUUGUCUAUUGAUCAAAUGCGUUCUCACGAUGCUGCAAUGGCGCGUCUUUGUCAACUCGUCAGUAAACAUACUUUCGAGGAAAAGUAUGGUUUACUGUUACCUGAAAGUGACGACAGCAAACUGAACUACAAGCAAAUUCUUACUGCCCAUGCAUUCAACCGAGGGUUCAUGACUGCGGCUGGACAGCCGGAUCAGUCUCGUUCAGCCCGUCUGCUGCUCAAGGAUGCAGCUAGCGGGCGUCUGCGAUGGGAACAGCUACCGCCCGGCUGUGAACCUCAGCUAGAGGACCUGAUAGAACAGAAGAAAUCGGAGAAGAGGAAACCCACGCCGCGGGAGACACGGAUGGUCGAGGGUUGGGUGAAUAAAUCAGCGGAAAUAGACAAUGCUUUUUUUGCUAUGAAGAAAAGUUCUGCGCAUGUUAAAGGAAAACCUAUAUUAGGUACUGUAGGAGCACAGCCGGCCAGUCAGACUGGAAAACCCUGGAAAGCAGAAAAGAAACACGCAAAUAAAAACAAACGAGAAAAAUUAAGAAGGGUUUAUGCGCAUUUGGAUGAACACUGAUGUAAGCAAUAAACAUUUAGUAUAUUAGUUAGUGGGAGAAAGACGGAGAAUAUGUUUUUAAUGCAUUUAUUGUUGAACAGUUUGCAGAAAGUAGUUGAUUUUUUGUAAUUAUAAAUAUUAAAAUGCAAAGAAGUAUAAUUUUAAGUUUUGUU